GCGCUUUAGGUUUCUCUUUAGGUUUCAGGGAGCGGAAUGCAGAGCUGCAAGUGGAUUAGACCAAGCGGCCGUCAAAAGCAAGGAACUCCAUCGACGCCGAAGAUUAAAAAAAUAUCUGGGAAGGAGAGGGAGAGAGAUGACGAUCACAUUUUGUUUACUUGAAUUAGCCUCCCUUCAUUUACGGGAGGCAAACUGUCAAUGACAAUCUUAUCGGUAAUAAUGUGUGGCGUGGUAGCAAUGAAUGGGAAUGAAAGAUGAAUGUGACUGCAGUAUUCGUGAAGCAGGUUUUUAUCAUGAAUCGACGCGCACUGUCUACCUUAGCCGGGCAGGAUAGACUUCUUUGAAUGAGCCGGGGUAAUUUUUUUUUGAAAGCGGAUAUCCUGCACGAUGGAGCUGUGAUUUGCCGGCUGUCGGCGAAGCUGCUGCUCAGUUUCAGAUUUGCGUCGACUCAGUUCGCCCAGGAGCCAGGGCUCGAACCAGAUUACAGAGCGAGAGGGAGAGUCUUUGCAGCGCAAGCUGUCAGACCUUCCCCUUCGCCUCUCACUAGCAGGGACAAACCGACAGCAGAACUCAUUGAGUUUCCAAAUAUCUACAACAGAUGCAGUGCUACACAUCAAAUUGAGGAACCCAAGGAAGUUGCAUUGAAGUACAGACCUAAUGUAAUGGAUGACUGUCCCUUCGUUCAUUUUUUCUCAUUGCUUCUCUUGAGAAUAAGCAUUCUUCAGGAACUGCAAGUAAGAUCGUCUAGCCUAUCAUUUCAGAGCUUCUCAAUAUUUUCCAUUUGGGCUGGAUUUUCAUGGAGGUGAGAGACUCCAUGGAGGAGUGAAAGUGGCACCCGGCACAGAUUUCAAGACUCAUGACCAGUUUCCAGUUAUUUAUAAAUUUUAUGGACUGAGGCCGACUUUUAAAGGACUUGUAAUUCACAGCACCUUGGAUGUGUUGUGAACCCUAGUUUCGAUGAGAGAACCUUUUGAAAGACUGAAUUCUGAGUCAGACACUUCAUGCGUUAGAUUCUUUGCCCCUCCUGAUGGAUGGAUCUUUGCUUUUAAUACACCUGUAAAGAAAACAAGUACACGUUAUUCAGAAGGUUGUCAUCUACCAAUAUUACGAAGUUUCCUAUCCUGCCACCCAACUGAGCAAGAACUAGAUGCUGAAAAUUCUCGAUAUGGAAGUCAGAGCGGUCCGAGAGAACUUCGGCCUACCGCUUGCUCCAAAGGACCUGCAUGUUGGACACCCGGCAUCUGGGGCAUGGGCCCUUGGCACCCCGUGUCCACAGAUGCUGACGUCUGAUAUGUCCCAGCCUAUAAAACCCUCGUGGCUCGUUUCUGAUCAAGUUACAGCAUGCUUCUGAACUUUAAUGCUGCAAAUUGGGGUGCAACAUUAAUUGAAAUUGAAAUGCUGCAGUCAGGACACUGUGCUUUCAGCGACGUAACCCAGCUCAUGGACUGGACAGGCUGCAUCUCUAGUCUGUCCACUUGCUCACUUUGAGCCUACCUGGGUGCUAACAGCAUCCCUGCCUUACUUUGCCUUGCUACACCUUUUUGUACUUUGGAGCUGCUGUCUUGGCUUGCCAUUUAAUGCAGAUACAAAGCCAGAAAAUUUGUCAUGUUUGUCCUCUACCCUCAGUCAGUUUCAAGGGAGAUUUCCUUCAGCCAGGGAAUCAAGUAAAGGCAGCAUCUGUUCCCAGCUCAGGGUCUUGGACAUUGUCGGUCACCCAUUCAUGGGAGUCACAAUCAGGUUGUUCUCCACAUAAGGGGCAAGGAGCUAAAUGUUGGGUAGCUCACAAUCUGGCUUGCUUCAGUCCUUUUGUGGGCUGUUUUCCUCCUGCAGUGGGAGAGAGGCAGGUGUUAAGGAAAGAAAUUGACUGGUAUAGCUUUCCUUUCUGAUGCGGAUGGGUAAGUGUUCCAUGUGAGUGGGUAGGCAGUGCAGAGGGCAUACAGUGUUUGUUGUAUUGAAUGACAGUGAGUCGGGUAAGAUUUUGCAGGAAAUAGCGAGCACGGUAUAGCAUGAUCCCUGAUGAGAAGAGGGUGCAGUAAGUGUCAGGCAUCAGAAUGAUGGUGGCACUUAGCUGGUGGAGCAGUAAAGUUCAUUGGUGAAAUUACAUGGUGCUGAUGAGAGCACAGAAGGAAUAAUGUGUGCAGUUUUGGUCUCCUUAUUUGAGGAAAAUCAUUCUGGCUAUGGAGGAAGUGAAGCAGAGGUUUUCCAGAUAUUCCCAGGAUAUCAAGACUGACAUAUGAAGAGAGAGUGGAUCAGUUAAGACUUUAUUGACUGAACUUUAGAAGCAUGAGGGCAUAUCUCAUAAAACGUCAUAAAAUUAUAACUAGACUAGUUAGGUUAAUUGCACGAAGGAUGUUCCUGAUGACCAGGGACUUCAGAAGCAGGAGUCACCAAGGAUACAAGGUAUGCCAUUUAGAACUGAGAUGAGGAGAAAUUUCUUCAGCCAGAGUGGUGAUGCCAUGAAAUUCUCUGCUAAAGAAUGAGGUUGAGAUCCAAACAUUGAAUGUUUUUGAGAAAGAUUUAGAUAUAGUUAUUAGGGCUAAAGGGAUUAAAGAGUAAGCAGAGAACGUGGUGCUGAGAUGGAUGAUCAACCAUGAUCAUAUUUAAUGGUUUACUCCUCCUCCUAGUUUGGACAUUUCUAAAACCAUUGGCUUUUUUCCUACAGUGCUGUAUAUUUCUCCUGAUGACUGAGAGUACACUGACCCAAGUGGCAACCUCGGACCAGGCUGGCAUGGUCUCCUGGGGAAAAGAAUGUCCCACCUCUGCACCAGUCCAUCCGCUGGUACCUCUGUGUCCCUUUUCCACAAAAUGCCUGAGCAACUACACCAAUUAGCCAUGAAGAAGCUGUGAACCUUACAGAAAACCUGCAAGGAUUCCUUCUUUUACAGACUUCUUGAGCUUUCAUGAGAUUGUUGUACAUAACUGCAUAAACUUCAAAAGUUGAUCAUUUGAUUCUGAAUCAGUUUUGUCUUAUGUGUGAUGUAAUGUAACAUAAAAUCAACAUCAAAAUGGCUUCAAAGGUCUCAUGUUUAUAUAUUUUAACAGUUGUUUGCUGGGCAAGUGCUCUUUGGUACUUGAGUGCAACUCGUCCUUCAUCUUCUUAUGUUGGGCACAGCUCAUUCUCCCGUAUUGCAGUUGAGCGAAAAAAUUUCAGCUUUACUAAUAUUCGAACUCGUUCCCUGAAUCCACAUAAUUUCAAUUACCUUAUUAAUGAGCCUAACAAAUGUGAGCAACUUAGCCCUUUCUUAGUGAUUCUCGUAAGCACAACACACAAAGAGUUUGAUGCAAGGCAGGCCAUAAGGGAGACAUGGGGAGAUGAAAACAACUUCAAAGGAAUACAACUGGUCACUUUAUUUUUGCUUGGAAAGAACACAGACAAUGUUUUGAAUGAGAUGGUAGAACAGGAGAGCCAAAUUUUUCACGACAUUAUUGUGGAGGACUUCUUGGAUUCCUACCAUAACCUUACUCUGAAAACUUUAAUGGGUCUGAAAUGGAUAGCCAACUUUUGUUCAAAAGCGAAGUAUGUAAUGAAAACUGACAGUGAUAUUUUUGUCAAUAUGGACAAUUUGAUCUACAAAUUACUGAAACCAAACACAAAGCCACGGAAAAGAUAUUUUACUGGCUAUGUUAUUAACGGGGGGCCGAUAAGGGACAUUCGCAGCAAGUGGUAUAUGCCCAGAGAUUUAUACCCCGACAACAAUUACCCACCAUUCUGCUCAGGCACAGGAUAUGUCUUUUCUACAGAUGUGGCUGAAGCUAUUUACAAAACAUCUCUUCAUACUAGGAUGCUGCAUCUUGAGGAUGUCUAUGUUGGACUAUGCCUGCGGAAACUUGGCAUUCAUCCCUUUCAAAACAGUGGUUUCAAUCAUUGGAAGGUUUCAUACAGUUUGUGCAGGUAUCGUAGACUUAUUACAGUGCACCAGAUAUCUCCUGAAGAAAUGCAGAGGAUUUGGAAUGAGAUGUCAAGCAAAAAACAUCUUCGAUGCUAAUUGUACAGAAGUACAUGAAUGAUUUACAAAUGCAUUUUGUUGCCACUCAACCUCCAAUCAGCAAUCUAUGUUGAUUCACUACGACAGUGAAAAUGUUUUUACAGCAGAAAAGGAGCUUAAACUGCUCAUAAUGGCACCCACUGUCACAAAUAUAAAUACUGAAUAAUUUAUCCUAACAGUUAAUGACUGCAAUUACUAUCAUAAAGAGUGAUUAAUUGAAAUGCUGUUGUUUGUUUGUUGGACUACACAUUUUAAGUAAAUCAAAAAGGCUGGGUGUAUGUUUUAGUUUAUUUAAAAAUAAUUCAUCGUGUAUUGAUAUGUGUGUCAAGGGAUAAACAGUGCUAUUGCUAGAAGUGAUAUUUAUUAUACAUUUAUUGCUUAUAUAAUUGUGUUACUUAAGAGGAAUGUGCGAUUGGCAAGAUUUUCAACUUAAAUUUACCUUGCGGUAAUUAAGCGUUUCAUAUAAUUUCAACUAAGUAAGUGAUGAAUGGAUCAGAGAAAACUGAUACAAAGUUGAGUUUAAUUCAGGAUUGCAGAACUCAAUCAUUCUGGUCAACUCAUCCAGGAUAGUAUAAUUUGCUAAACCUGAAUAAUAUCCAUAAUUUUUUCAUUCCUUGUACAUGGGAAGUGCUGCCUUUCUUUUUGAAAAGGAUGCAUCUGGAAACCUUGAGUACAUUAUCUUACCUGGCCUACAGAAUGUACAGGGUAUCAUUCUGCUAAAAUAUGUCAGAUUAUAGUUUUAUGAAGAUAAACAAAUUGUAAUGUGUUUGAUUUUAUUGACAUUGAGUUAUUGUAAAUGGUGUGAAAAUAAGUGUUUUAAGUGUGGAUUGGAUAACAGAUAAUUGAGUGAUUUAAUAGUUAUAUUGUAUGUAUAUGAAUAUUGAGAGCAUUAACUUUGACCAACGUUAAAACUGUGCUGUGAAUUUGUGUUAUGGAUUCAAACAUUUACAAUCUUGUAAAUGGUUUGUCAUAUUAAAUUGAGGACGAUUUGAAGAAUUCAGUGUUCAAAUCAAGCUUAAAAAUUGGCAUUCAUAUGCAUAACAAUCUGUAAGUUUUUAUACAUACAAAAGUGAGAGAGCUUGAAUAUCUUAAUCAUUAUGAUAUCAUAGUUGUCUCCUCUAUCAAGAUGACUAGUAAAAAAGCUAUGAGCACAGAUUUAAAUGUUACAAUAAGUAAUAAUUUAGUAAGCAUUUCAAGAAAUCAUUUUCAGUGUUCAAGUUAAGGUGUGGUUGAAUUGUGAUUUUGAGUUUGAAUGCAUAUUUUUGCGAUGUGAACUAAAUUAAAUUCAAAUUUAGAAGGCUGGAAUUGAAUGAAUGUAGAGCUGACUGAAAGCCAGUUGUUGUAAAGUGGUGUGGUAUCUUUGUAGAAUGCUGUAAACUCAUCAGUACACGUAUUCUCAAGUGUAAAUUAGACUUGUUCUUGUUUUUCACCGUUUGAAAAGAAAAACAAAUUGAAAAUGCCCGAUGGGUGCUAUAUUUUGUGUUUGUAUUUUUUAGAAAAGUUAUAUAAAGUUGAUUUGGUUGCAAGUGGCGUUUUUCAAACCUAGAAAUGUAGGUUUCUAUAAUUAUUCGAUUCAAUGAAGUAAUUAAAUUAUUUAAUUUACUGAUUUUAA